CCUAACCCGAGACAAGUCGCUGAGCCCAGAGUUCGAAUGUGGAGGGCCCUUGUCGAUAGCCGGCGAUACUGCUUCCCCCUUUUCCGCUCCUUGGGUUUCAAGUUUGAAGAGGUCGUGAUGUUGUAACCAUGCUAUACCCUUCUUGUCGGCAAGGCAGCGAGCCUUGCGACUGUCAAGGCCCAUAUAUAAUGCAGGCAAGUCGAGAAUUUAGAACCUCCUUGUGAUGAGAAGACCAAGAUACUGUUCCGCGUUGAGCGUUAUCCUGCUUUAUUACAACAGUUAUUGUGUUAGAGAUGAAACUAUUCGUCGUCAGCCCGGAUUGUGCAUCCAAGGACCAAUGCUUGCAGAUCAAUGGCAUGGGAUGGGGUCUCCUGGAGCAAGACGUAUCGCUUGAUUUCUCAUCCAGCGAACAGAGUGACUUCAUCUGUGUUUCGUACUCCUGGGGACGCGGUCGUUCCCCAAGCCCCAUCCACCCACCGUACGUGGUCUCGGACCGAACUCUCCCUGUCCUAGUCACCACCAUCGCUCAGCGGCCGACAUGCCGCAAAAUCUGGAUUGACGCCUUAUGCGUACCGCCUCCCUCCCAGCCGGACCUCCGCUCGGCAACUCUCGAGAGCAUGGGCUUCAUCUACUCACGCGCGGCCGAGGUGAUCGUGGUACUCACCCCACAAGCGCUCCCCGUGCUGGAGCAAGUCAGACGCUCGUCAUCCCCGCUUCCUCGAGCCCAUCUCGACAUCCUCGAGGCAGAGGACUGGGUCACGCGCGCUUGGACGUACCAAGAAGCCGUCAACGCCCACCGGCUGGCCAUCACUUGCGCCGACAGCCCACCGGGCGUCCUCGUGGAUAGCAUGCGCUUCUUUUCAAGUCUGGGACACGCCCUCUCCCUUCUCACGCCCGAGAACCGCAAGAGAUAUCCCCGGCUAAAUGGCUUUGAGGAUCUCAUGGCCGACUGCGCCGUUGCGGGAUACCUGGAGAGGUCGGCGCUGCAAGUCAUGAGCAUCAUGGACGUGCGCACGCAGACGUGGCCGAAUGAUCACUUUUAUGCCAUGAUGGGCGCCAUUUCGACGGAGCCGGCGAGGGCGGUGGAGCGGAAAAGUCCUUGUGAGGCGUUCAUGGCGCUGUGUGAGCGGAAAGGGGACUACAGCUUUGUGUUUAGUUCCGCCGGCAGGGAUGAGAGGGCGGGGAUGCGAUGGAGGCCCAAGGAGGAAGACGAAUUGAAACCCAUCAUCAAGUUGUCAAGUUGGGGGGAACGGUUGAGAGGGCAGGCCUUCAAGGGGUAUCCGUAUAAGCGUCGUGAGGCGCUCGACGACGUGAGUGACCUGGCCAACCACCCUCCUCCGCCGCCCGACGGAUACCAACCGAGCUUCACAUCGCCGGACUCCAUCAAUACCUCUGACCAGGUGCCUGUGCCAUGGUCCAAGAGGCUGCGGUCCAGUGGAUCUCAGCGUGGUCUGCGUGGCCAAGCUGCCCUCGGUGGGAAGACAAAGCAACUCCCAUCCCCGAGAAUGACAAACCCCAGUAGUAACGAUAACAUUGGUUCCUCCUCGUCAUCCGGCGGCUCAAAAUCAAAGACUCAGCCCACCCAAUCUUUUCGGGACCGUGUCAUGCAGCCACCUAGGAGAACGUCGCCCAGAUUCACUGUCCCUGGCAAUCCGGCUCGACAACCAAAUCAGAAGAAACGCUCAGUUGCCCCUUUCUUCAAACGCAUUGAAGCGGCCUUUCAGGACAAGCCAUUGAAGCCCAACGACACCAGCGAACCAAGUAACAAGACGCAACGGCCUACCCUUUCGCCCUCUCCCGACCCGGAUGAACUGAUACGCCAACUCCAAGACCACUACCUGCAAACCGCCUCCUCCCUGCACACACACGCCACAAGCCAGCUGUCACGGGCGCACUCCCUCCUUUCCAAGAAACUAGCCGAUAGCGUCACAUCGCCCGACGAGGCCUUUCUGGCCGAAACAGAAGCCCACGUCAAGAAGCUCGCCACGCCUCUCGACAAGUUCACGAUCCGCUCCCAGCAGCGCGGCGCAGAUGGCACCAUUCGCACCGAGCAGGACACCGUGGGCGAACUCCUUGCCCGCGCUGAGGCGCAGGUCAAAGAGUUUGAAACGCAGUUGAGUGUGUUCUGGCAGGAGUGGGCAAUCGCCGAGGGGGAGGUGAAGAGUGCCUUGAAGGAGAUCUUGGCCCGAGGUUCGGGAGAGAAGGAUACAGGUGGAGAGGAAGAGGAGAUAAUUCGGCGGUUUAGGGAGGUAGUCGAGCGGGUUAUCGGCCAGGCUGAGGAGGAGGCUGUUGUCCUUGGAGAGGAGGCGGUCGGAUUGAUGAAGAUGAUUGAAAAGGACUUCAGAAAAGCGACGCUGCCUGAUCUGCACACAUUUUUUCAGUCCAUUGAUGAGCCGUGACAGGGACGGGAUAUGAGAUGGGUAUGUGGUUGAGAUCAUUGCUCCGCAAGCUUGCUCAGUCGUUUCGAUGCAAUCUGUUACCUCCAUUGUUAAGAUCUGGCUUUCUUUUCCGAGUAAGAGAUAGGUUGGAGGGGCCGCAUACGUAGUCCUGAUUGUGG